AUGAUCCCUUCUAGAAUUCAAUUAUCAACUAUUCAAUUGAAAAACUCAAUUUCAAAUACCAAACCUUUCCUUCUAAAUUUUAAUAAAUAUUCAACAAUGGGGGAUCGUAAUAGCUUCAAUAAUAGAGAUUAUAAUAGAGAUUAUAAUAAUAAUAAUAACUAUAAUAAUAAUAAUAAUAACUAUAAUAAUAACUAUAAUAAUAAUAAUAGUAAUAAUAACAAUAGAUACGACAAUUACAAUAACAACAGUUACAAUGAUAACUACAAUAGUGGCCAAGUUAGAUUUGACCAUAACAGUCAAAGCAGACACUACCAAAAUUAUAGAGAUGAUUAUUAUGGUAAUAAUAACAACAGAGGAUAUGACCAAGAUAGAAAUUAUUCUACACAACAACAACAAAGAUCAAGUUAUAAUAGCACAAAGGAUUAUGAUGACAAUAGCAGAGACUAUUAUUCAGAGAGUAGACAAAAUAAUCGAUCAGCAAAUUAUUAUGGUAAUGAACAAAAAAAUUAUGUAAAUAGUUAUAAAUCUUCAUCUUCAUCAUCAUCUUCAUCAUCUUCAUCAUAUAGACAACAACAAAGAAAUUAUAGCAGUGGACAACACGAACAACUACAACAUGAACAACUACAACAUGAACAACUACAAAAUGAACAACAACAACCACAACAAAAAGAAAAUAAAACUCAAGGUAUCUUUUCAAAAAAUUCAUCAUUUACUAUAGUACCAGAUGAAGUUGAUAAAAAUUAUAAAGCAGCUGGUGUUUUAUUAUUUUCAAUUGAUCAAGGUAAAAUCAAAUUUUUAAUGGGAUGUGAAGAUAGAACUGAAAAGAGAAAAAAGAAUCCAAAUUCAUCGCUUACCAAUGAAGUUUUCUUACCAUUUGGUGGAAAGAUUGAAAAUGGUGAGAUUGCAAUAGAUACCGCCACCAGAGAAUUCAAUGAAGAGACUGGUUUCAUCUUUGAAAAUUCACUUCAAGAGUAUAGAGAACUAUUUCAAUCGGAAAAAACUCAAAAAUUUUGGAUACCAAAUUCAAAGUAUGUUUUAUUUUGUGCACCAAUACCAUUUGAUUCAAAUAUACCUGAUUUAUUUAAAUCGGUUGAUCGUACCUCUAUGAAACAUACUGAUCAAUUGUUUUUAGAAUGGGUUGAUCAAAAAGAGGUUUUCAAAUGUACUUUUUUUUCUCCUUUCUUUUUACGUCCUGAUGGUUCAAAUGGUGAAUGUAUAAAAUUCUUUUCUUCAAUGCUUAGUUUCCUUAAACCAUACUUUAGAGAGUUAUUAACACAAUCUCAACAACAACAACAAGAAAAUUUAGAUUUUACUUUAAUUAAUAAGAAAAUUAAUGAAAAUUAUAUAGAAGAUAGUAAAAAACAUAAUAAUAGAAUAAAUAAUACUAAUAAUACUAAUAAUAAUAAUAAUACUAAUAAUAAUAAUACUACAACAACAACAACUACUACUACUAAUAAUAAUAAAAAUAAUAAUAAUAUUAAUAAAAAUAAUAAUAAUAAUAAAAACAAAGACAAGUAUAAUAGAAAUAAAAAUAAAAAUAAAGAUAUUACUAGUAUUAAUACCAAUACCAAUAAUAAUAACAGUCGUAAUAAUGAAAAUCAAGAUAGUUCCAAUAGAAUUGGUGGUAGUGAGAAAUUAACUGAAGAACUUGAAUUGGUUAAUAAUACUAAAGAUCUUAAAGAUAAUAAUGAUAAUAAUAACAAUAGCAACAGCAACAGCAAUAACCAUCAUCCAAAUAAUAGUAUUCAAGAAUCAAUUGUUAUUGAUAAAGUACACACAAAAGAUACGACUCUAAAAAAUGAAUCACAAGAAACAAUUAAUGAAAUUACUUGUAAUAAAGAAGAAAAAAUAACAGGAAAAAUUUCAAAAAAAAGAAAACAUAUUUCAGGUAUGGGAAAUCAAUCAAAUAAAAAUCAUCCAACAAAACAUCAAAAAAAAAAUCAAAACCACACACAAGUAGUAAACAAACAAACAAACAAACAAAUUAAAAAAAAAAAAAAAAAAUAA